CGCGCUUGGCUCUCAGGGAGUGGUGGCGGUUGAUUCAACAUGGCGGCAAGAGCAACAAGAAGUGGAAGUUCGGGAAUAUUUUGGAUGAAUGACGUAUCAGAUGACGAGCAACCAUUGGCUUUUGUUCCUGGAGUGGAUGGAGGAGUGAUCACUCGGACCCCUUUCAGCCUGGGACCAGAAAGCACCAGUUCAUUCAGUAGAGGGGGCACAAAGAUGCGGGCUGCAGUGAGACGUAGCUCUGGUGGCAAGAGUGAUGUUACUUUAAAGAGAAGUAGCAAAAAACAGGGCCACUUACAAAGUGAUCGCUCUGGGGGUGAUACUCAGGAAAAAGUGUCAGGCCACACACCAUCCCUGGCAUCUGAUGCUUUUCUCCCCCCACCACAGGUUAUUUCUGUGACCAGCAGAGGAAGCAGCCAGGUCUGCCUGAAGGACCUCUGUUCUGAAGAUAAGCGUCGAAUUGCAAACCUCAUCGAAGAACUAGCCAGAGUGAGCGAGGAGAAAGAAGAGUCAGUGCAGCGUCUGAAAGAUGAGCAGGAACAUUUUGAACAAAAAAUCCAACAACUGGAGCAACAGAACGUGGUCAUUGCACAGGAGAGGGAGAGCCUGCAGCAGCAGUACAGAGAGUGCCAGGAGCUGCUCGGUCUCUAUCAAAAAUACCUUUCUCAGCAACAAUCGAAGCUCAACGAGUCCAUCGCCCAGCUCAGCCAGGCACCAGCCCACAACAAGGUGCUCAGCAGUGAAAGCAAAGCUAAUGGCUCACUCUUUGAUGGCUCGUACCUCGGCCUCGCUGCUGCCCAAGCACGACAGCCUCAAGUGCACAGGAGUGGGAAUAGAGGUAGAGGAGCAGCACAGACAUCGAGCAACCCUGCCUCCCUUUCCUGUGCGAAUGAGCUCUGUCCAAAUGAUGGGCCAAUCAAUAUGCGCAGGCUUCACAAAAAGGAGUGCAGCGCGCCACACGUGGAGUCCUGCUGCAGAUAUGAGCGCUGCCAAGCCAGUGGUCAAGACAGUGGCUAUGGAACACAGCAACGGAGAAGUGAUAAUAGCUCUAGUCUACGCAAUUGCCAACAUGAUUGUGAAAGGCUGCAUAAUGGGACUGCUUUGGGCUCAGACACCAAAGAAGCCCUGACCAGGCCUCUGCUGGGUCAUGAGGACUGGGAGGAAAAGAGGCACCAGCUGCUGCUGCAGAAAAUGCAGUUGGAGAUAGAGAGAGAGAAGCUGCAGGCACGGCUGGAGGAGCAGGAAGAGAGGCUCAACAGACAGAGUCAGCAGCUCCAACAGUCGCGUCUCGAUUACAGCAGGUUUCAACAAGCUGCUCAAGCUGAGCUCAGCAGCUCAAACACUGGGACUGGAGAUCCACAGCUGGAGGGUCCCUCCCGCCAAGAUUUACCCUCCAGUGUGCGUGGAGAUGGAGAGGUACAUCCUGCCGAACAGAAGCUGCAUGAAAAAUGCUCACAACCGACACCUGCUCCUGUAGAUAAUGGUGUACAAACACAUGAGCCCCCAGAGUCGUCCAGAAGGGACAUGGCCACUACAAAGUUCCCUGCAAGCCAGAGUAAGCCCACAUCAGUCUCUGCCAUCCAUAAGACCCCUGAGGCCAGGUUGGAUUUUUCUCUGGUUGAGUUAUUGGAUAUCUUUAGUCCGGUCUCUGCCCCUGAGCACAACAAGCCGUCCACUCGAAGGACCAAAAUCACCCAACAUAUUCCAACAUCUGCUACCCCUAAACCAAUGGGCAGAACCCUGCUUACCCCUGCUAGACCUCAUCCACAAAGUACCCAGCAGGACCUGGAGGAAAGCCAAAUACUGGAGGAUAUUUUCUUCAUUUACUGACAAAGAAGAAAAUGUACAAAGGACAAGAUUCCAGUCACCUGACAUUUGCCCGUUUGAUAUUAACUUUUCCAAUCACGUUCGAAAUCAGAAUGAUCAAGAAUGACCUUGUGUUAUGUUGUAAUUUUCAAUAAAAAUAAACAAUUAUUUA